AUGGGUAUCAUCGAUUCUCCAAAGUUUAGUCUGAUGGCGAACUUAGCGAUAUCUGCGGAACCCGGUGCUGCGGAAGUCGUACAUUGUAAAUGUUCUGUUCGCUCUGGAAAAGACAACUUUCCGGAAACAAUACGUAAGGGCCUCGCUGAGCACUAUGGCGAAAAAUGUGUUUCCCUCGCCGGCAUCUUCUUGUUAAAAGAAGGAGAAGCGAAACUACAUGUAAUGCCCGACUUUCCUGGUUGUCCCUUUGGAAGUUUAGAGGAAGUGUGUUGCAAAUUUAUCUCCAGUGUCCUCUUUAAAACAUCUUGUCGUUCAUGUCUACGUUGCCUUCAGAUUGACAAGUGGUUGCACUUUUUUACCAUGAAGGCCCCGCUUGUUUGCGCCUCUGUGUUCCACUCCUACGAUCCGGGCCAUAAACUAAGAAUGGAGCACACUCACUGUUACUCAGAUCAUGGCGAUGCAGGUCACUAUCAUUACGACACGACACCCGACACAGUUGUGUACGAAGGCUGGUUUACUGCUGCCGAGAAAAUAUACAGAAUAGACGAAGUUUAG